CCGACUACGACGGCAAUAUGCCGCCGUCUCGCCUCGGCCCUGAUUUAUCGCCAUCGGUCCGUCGCAACCUCUUCUCAGGGCAUAUAACGCGCCACCCAGCCCCAGGUGAUAUGGAGCAGGAACCACAAUCCCAAUCCCAACCACAUCCACAUCCACACCCACAUCCAGGUCGCAUACAUCAGCGCAGCGUGUCCACACCGUCGCUCUCGCCUUCUCCCGCACGAUCAUCUCCCUUCAACGCCGACACGAACCGAUCUCCUCCCAACAACCCACUGUUCUCCCACCCUCUCCUCCGACCACGGGCAUCCCCAACCCCCGGUGCUUUCGAAGAUACCACCUAUGACCCUACAAUCUCUCCAAACCGCCCUCUCUCGCCGCGCUCAAGCGCAGCACUCUUCCCCAAUGCCUCAAUCAUAGCAGUUAAUCCGCUCACCGGCCGCCCUGUCCUCCCUCACAUUCCCAUCCUCCCCGGCCGCUUGAGGCUCACAGAUUCGGACGAUGAAGCACAGAUCGGAGACCUCACAGGCGCAGGAGAAGGACGAGAUGGUGGCUAUGGCGCACAAAGAAAUACAUAUUCCCAUUCUCCCAGUGUCGGUGGGGCUGCGGAUUACGCCGACCUCGCAGCCGCUGAGGCCGACCAAGAGCGCGAAGAGCGCGAGAUUUUUGACCGCGAUGUAAGAGAAAAACUAGCAAGGCACCGUGCGCGACUACAGCGAAAAGCGUCAGCCUCAGCCUCGGUCAGAAUGCCGGAUACACAGCUUAUGCACAUGCAUACACGAGUCGGCCAACGUGGCCACCGGACGAAACUCAAGCUGCGUCAUGAUUCGAGUCCAGAUGUCGAGAUUGAUCCAGGCGGGCACAACGACGAUAAGGAUGAUCAUUCACACUCUCAUACGCGUUCGCCUCCAGUGUAUAUGGGUCGAGACCGGGAUGAAGAUGAGCUAAAUGCGGAGAAGGACGAACUGCUAAGCUUGCUUAUGACGAAGCUCCGGGAAGAAGUGGCGCGUGCUGAGGACGAGGCAUGGAUGUUUGGCGAUUCAAUGGGAUUCGGGAGUGCCGGCGACGUUGGAUAUGAGUGAGGCAAAGAUGCGGCUCACAAUCAGAGUCGCUGGUGUGCUGGAUGGGUAUUCUUGCCCUACUGUACGGCAUCAGUUUGAUUUCCGCUUUCUGCUUGGAUGCAAGAAAGGGGUUGUGACAGAGCAACACUGGACCCGGUGUGUAGCCACGAGGCUCACGAUUCACGACUCGAACGACUAAUGCGAUUCAUCCGGUUCAUCCGACUCAUCAUGUGCAAUGGCAUGGAAAUUACAUGUUCUGCAGCGACGGCAAAGGACAUCCAUAUGAAUCACGAAUCAUGACUUGGGCAGAGACAUCACUUGCGACAAGGCGAAUGGGCGUAAGGAUACCAAAUGGAACGAAAGGUGUACGACCAACGAAAGAAGCACACCAAACAGCGGAGCGGAGUAGAGCCAACCCGCUCUGUCAGAAGACGGAAUGUCAGAACGAUUAACGAUCUUCGUAAGAAAAGCUUUCGCUCGCGUGGGAGGCGCAGUCAGAGCACAGGAUGACUUCCUCGAUACGAUUACACAUUCCAUAACGAUAUGGACAUGAUAUGGUCGACACAGCACAGAGAUGAGGACCAUGAUGUAUAACAUAUAAUGUAUAAUGCUACCAGUGGACAUCACGGACCUGGUCUGGUUCGGUUCGUU